UGACUGACAUGAAGUCUGAUUUGUAGGCCCGAGAAAUGGUGGAAAUCAUAACAAGAGAAUUUAUACAGAUGUCCAGGACAGCUGAAGAGAUGGAGCUGGAGCGGGCGAAGACGCAGCUGAAGUCCAUGCUGAUGAUGAACCUGGAGUCUCGGCCUGUCAUCUUCGAGGAUGUGGGGAGACAGGUGCUGGCCACUGGGAAGAGGAAACUGCCUCGUGAGCUCUGUGACCUCAUCAGUAAAGUGACAGCAAGUGACAUCAAGAGGGUGACUGCCAAAAUGCUCCGCAGCAAGCCAGCAGUGGCAGCCUUGGGGGAUCUUACAGAGCUACCCACAUAUGAUCAUAUCCAGGCGGCAUUGUCUAGUAAAGAGGGGCGUUUGCCCAGAACAUACAGGCUCUUCCGGUAGAAGACAACCGCAUGGUGCAGGAUUGUGCAACACAAACUGAAACGUGGGUAGUUUCUUAAAGGAACCCUUUCCAAGAAAUGAUUCAUAGUGUGUAAAUACAUUGGGCUAAACGGUGCCACUACUGUCUUCAACAGGAAAUGGUCUAAAACGGUUUUACAUUAAGCCUUUGACUAUGACUGGUAUGCAACGCCAGAAACGGCACACAGGUAGUAAAUUGUUCAGAUACUACAGAGACAGUUUCAGGUGUGCAUUUAUUUAGGAUACAGAUGUGUUAUUUUUUUAUUUUAUUUUUCCCUGGCAAUUAUUUUAUUUAACUGUAGAGCUGGUCUUUUGUUUUUGUGUUUAGUGUGAUGUGAGAUUUAGUUUAACUCUCUAAAGUGCCAGCCUUAUGGCCUUUUAAAUCUUUAAAAAGGAGAGAAUGAAUUUAUGUAGACUUUUAAACAAGCAUGUGUGCUGCAUGUGAACAGAUUGAGGGAAAAGUCUAUUCCACUGGCUAACCUGGUUCAAAAUAAGGUUGUAUUGUUCCUCUCAACCACUUUGCUGUUCUCUGUGUUUCAGCAGUAGUGGCUAUAAAGAGUUACUUAUUUAUUGG